AUGCGAUUUUGAAUAUUGUUGAUAAACAAACCAUCUUCACUGCAAACAGGGUUUUGAUUCCGUCGCAUCGAGAUGGCGAUAAUUUUACGCAAUAUCAGCAACAUUUGUCGACUUUGUCUAAACGACGACGAGGUACUGUUUCCCGCCACGAAUAUCCUAGAUUCAGGACUAACCAGCGAAGAUGUGGAGCGGUGCACCGGAAUUCAGCUAUUUGACGAGUCCAACAUUUUCUACGCGGUUUGCAUCGAAUGCCACAACAAGGUGCAAAAGUUUACCGCGUAUCGAAGCUGCUGCAUGAACAACGAUGUGCGAUUUCGUCGCCUGUAUCCGAUGAUAUUCGAAAAGCUGGUCUGGGACGAAGAAACGGGCCCGGAGGAGUGUUUGAAAGCGGACACCGUUGACCAUAGCUACUGUGUGGAGACGUAUGAAAAUCCACCGGAAGAGGAAAGCGUACCGGAAGAGGAAAGCGUAACGGGAGAGGAAAGCGCUGCACCAGUUGAUCUGCCGGAAGAAAUUGAUCCAGAAUAUGAAGAGCUGGUAGAGCUGUAUGCGGCUGACGACACCAAAGUUGAUGUUGAUGUUGACAUUAUAGAAGAGAUCGUACUCGAAACGAACGCCGACGUCGAAAUCAUCCCUCAAGAGAGCGGCGAAGAAACAUUCUUGCCAGAGUUGCCUCCGGUGCAGGAAGCGACGGUGGAGGAAGCGCAUCUUCAGGAAGACAGCGCAUGUGUAAUCGAGUCAAAUGCAUGCUUACAGGGAGUAGUAGAAUUCAGCGAACCUAGCCAACAGCAGCACGCCACAGACGAGCCGCAGAUUGCACAACAAAGCCCUGAAGAGGAGAGUGAUUACGAGUGGAUGGAAGAACCGAAGGCGGCUGAAGAAAGCACUGCCAAGGGUGCCAAAGGAAGCAGACCCAAACAGCAGCUUUGUACGCUGUGCGGGAAGCUGGUUAGCUAUCUGCGGGAUCACAUGAUAACGCACACGAAGGAACAGAAGUACGCGUGCGACCGGUGCCCGUUCGUAUCGAGCCGCAAAGCGAAUUUAAAAACGCACGUGCAAAACGUACACUUCAAGCGCGUGAUAAGGAGGUGUGAAAAAUGUGACCGCGGUUUCAGCUACGUCGACUCGUACAACGCUCACAUGCGCGCCAAACACAACCUGGGAGAGUACUUUGAGUGUAAAAUUUGUUCGAAGAAAUUUCGCCACCGUGGCGGCCUGAAUGGCCACCUGAAUCGCAAGCACAACGAGGAGAGCAACUGUACCUGUCCGGUUUGUGGAUUCGUGUGCCAGGACAAAAAAGGGCUGAAGGACCAUAGCAGAGUGCAUUCCAACGAGAAGCCGUUUGUGUGCCGGCACUGUCCGAAGGCUUUCAAGAGCACGUACGCACGCCGAACGCACGAGCUCAUCCACAAGGGUGUUGUUUUUUCGUGCACGGUGUGCGAAAAAUCCUAUCGCUACAAAUCGCAGCUAGUGCUGCAUUCGAAAAAACACAACGCGCAGCCAAAUACGCAGCAGCAAGAAAAUGAGCGAUAACUGGUGGUAAAACAUUAAUAUAGGAAAUAGAUCAAA